AUGAUGAAAUGCCGUCCACGCGCCUCCAUCACCACCCAGAUCGCCGUGCAUUGGUACCCCAAAUUCAAGGAAGGCUUCACCACCCAGCACCUACUGAGCGAAGGCCUCAUGCGGGAGGCGAUCGCCGAGUACCAAGCCCUGCAGUCCGCGGCCGGCUACCGCCUGCCAGUCCGGGUGACGGAGGCGAACUCCAUGUUCCACUGCGGACUGCCGGGCAUGAGCAACGCGUUCGCGGCGGCGCUCUGGACUGCGGACUUCGCGUUUGAGAUGGCGGCGUCAGGCGCCCCUGGCGUGCAUCUUCAUUGGGGCAUUGCAGGCAGCCCCCCGGGCGGCCAGCAGCAGGGCGCCAAGGGCCGCGCCUUCUGGCCGUGCUAUAACAUGGCUGUGGAGACGCGCUAUCGCAAAGGGGCGGACGGGGAAAGGGAGACAUAUCCAGAGGCCAAGGCGCCGUGGGCCGGCUACCUCCUCUUCGCCCGCGCGACCGCGGACGGCCCCGCGUUCCUCGCGCCCGUCUCCGCCGCCGAGGCCGGCGCCGGCUGCGACAAAGUGAAGCUCUGGGCCCUCGCGGCCCCCGGGGACGCGCCCGCGGGCGCGCCCGCGGACCAGAUGCGGGCCGUCCUCUUAAACAAGGGCCCCGCGGGCGGCGCCUGCAAGGUGCGCCUGCGGCUCGCGGCGGGCGGCGGCGCGGACGCGGCGUACGGGGACGCGGCGCUGCAGUUCCUGCUGCCGCGCGGCGGCGCCGCCGGCCGCGCGGGCGCGGACGCGUUGGCGGCGCUGGCGGAGGGCUCGGGGUUCUGCGGGCGGGGCGGCUGCCCGGCCGCGGCCAGGGCGGCGGCGGGACCGCAGGGGCUGUCGGCGCAGGGCGCGGCGACGAUGGGCGGGCAGUCCAUAGGUUCGGAUGGGGAGAUGCAGCCAUCGGACCCUGGGGUGUUCCAGCAGCAGCAGCAGCAGCAGCAGCAGCAGCAGCAGCAGCAGCAGCAGCAGCAGCAGCAGCAGCAGCAGCAGCAGCAGCAGCAGCAGCAGCGUGGUGACAACCAGCAGGUGCAAGAGGGGCCCGGGGCAGCGCGGCCAGGCGCUGCCAUCGGCGCGUUCAAGGUGGAGGACGCGGAGGGCAAUGAAAGGGCCCAAGGUGCAGGCGCAGAAGAGGAGGCUCACGUGCCUACACCUCAACGUGGGCAAGAGGGUUCGCAGCCGCUGCCGAAGCAGCGGCAGAAGCAGCGGCAGAAGCAGCAGCAGAAGCAGCAGCAGCAGCAGCAGCAGCAGCAGCAGCAGCAGCAGCAGCUGCGACGGCAGCAGCAGCAGCAGCAGCAGCAGCGGCAGCGGCAGCGGCAGCAGCAGCAGCAGGGGCGGCGGCAGCUGCGACAGCAGCAGCACGUCCGGGAGGAAGUUGAAGGGGAGCAAGCAGCUGUGUUUGAGUUUGCCGUCGGCUCUGAAACCAAGGUCAUCGGCAGCCAGGACAAAAUUCAAUCAGGCGCUGAGCUUGAGGAAGCCGAGCAUCCAACUCAGUGGGGGCAGCAGGCCGCGAAGCAGAAGCUCGUGACGGAGGAGGAGGCAUGGUUGCCGUCGCCACUACCGCUGGCGGGCCGGCAGGAUGAGGGGCCGGCGGUAAGGCCAACAGCUGGGGACGCCGGCAGAGGCGGAGCGCAGCAGCCGGCCGUUGCUGUGGCCGGGCCGGGCGUGGCCGGCAACGGUGGCGGUGACGCCGCUGGUGCAGCAGUGUCUGCGGGGCUGAUCGCUCUGGCCCUGCGCGACAUCGCGGCACCACUCACCACGGCCCCGGACGCCCUUGCCGAGGCCGCAACCUCGGCAUUUUUCGAGGUUGAGCGCGCUGCCGAGGCGCUGGGCCUGCCCGCCCCGCGCGUGGACGAGGUUUGCUGUGCGGUCGAGGGUGAGGCGAGGCGAGGUGCGGCUGGCUGCCACGCUUUUUUGGGGAUGACGUACCGGCGGCUGCGGCGAGCCUGCAACGCGGGCAACGCGGCGGCGGCUCAUGCAUGGAUGGACGAGAUCGUGGCGCGCGGCGCUGUGGGGCAGUGA